UCGACAGUCAGUCACCGGUUGAACACCGGAACGUGAGCACGCGCACCCCCUCGGUCGAAUCUUUUCGAUCGGUCUCUGUAUCGUUUGCUACCCCCCUCUUCUAGUGCGCAGUGUCUGUUGAUCUUAGGUUCGCUCGCCCUCCGUCAGUCGUUAGCUUGCUCGUGCUUUCGCCAGUCCAGCUGUAUUCUCGUACUUUGCCGUCGCUUGCGAGCGUGCGUGCUCUCGUUCGUACCGAUCGUCACGCUCUCCGCUCGGCCCGGCAACAGUGACAAAGACGUAUUGGCACCAACCCGCAUCUAACGUUUUACAAACUUCUCAAAGUCGGUGUCAGGCCAUUUCUUGAGCUCAACCAAAUAUCCGACAAGAUAGGUUGGUCAGACUUCCGGCGAGGCAGCAGUCUGCCAUCGGUGCCGUCAACUGCCGGCACAAUGUUUUCCAAACUCAAGUCGGGCACGUCGUCCGUCAGCCAGGGCGCACAGGUGUUGUCCACAAACAAUAUCCUCAACCUGUUCGAGGUCGGUAAAUUUGUAUGCUCAGCUGGACCAGAGCUCAUAUGGAAGGUGUAUGAGGGGUUCCGGAAACCGGACGGAAAGGAGGUAUCGAUAUUCGUUUUCGAAAAAAAAUUGGCCGAUAAGCUGCACAAGCCCAGGCGGAAAGAGACGGUGACGGAGAUAUUGAAGAAGAGCGUGCACUACUUGGAGAUGCUCAGACAGCCAAAACUCAUCCUCAAGGUGGUACAUUCCGUGGAAGACUGCAACGACACCCUCGCGUUUGCCGCCGAGCCCGUGAUCGCCAGUCUGGCCAACAUACUCGCGUACCAGGCGUCCGUCGGUGGCCGGGCCGUCAACGGGCCACCGUCCACCGGCGCGUCCAUCAUUACUACCACGGCCAUGCCACGGCCCGCGCACGCGAGGGAGUACAACUUUUUGGACUUUGAAAUCAAGUACGGCAUCAGACAGAUUGCCGAAGCCCUUGAUUUUUUAUCACCUCAAGUCCACCACCACAAUGUUUGUCCCAGCAGUAUAUUGGUAACAAAGACAGGAACCUGGAAACUUAGUGGUCUGGAAUUCAUUGUUCAGACCGAAGCUAGAGAGCGGAUUACUUGUACUCCGUGGACGUCUAGACUACCAAAAAUGGCACAACCUGAUUUGGAUUAUAUAGCUCCGGAAGUCCAGUUGUCUUCAUAUUGUAGUUCUCACAGCGAUAUGUUCUCGUUGGGAAUGGUAAUAUUCGCGAUAUUCAAUAACGGUCGACCACUGAUACAAGCAAAUCACAGCAGCUCAACGUACAUGAAACAAUUAGAUGUGUUAGAAAAUCAAAUUCACAAUGUAUUGCCUAAACUUCCGGCACAAUUACAAGAAAUGGCAACCAAAAUGCUGAGCAAAGACGUAGAUGCGAGACCGUUCGUCAAAAAUAUAUUGCACACUCCUUAUUUCUGCGAUCGUUUUGUGGAAACUAUUCAGACAUUGGAUAUAAUAAAUAUGAAAGAUCUAGUACAAAAAUGUCAGUUCUACAAGAUAACACUGAAAGAGUCAUUACCAUUCAUUCCAAAGAAAAUUUGGUAUCAGAGAGUUUGGCCGUUUUUGCAACAUGAAAUGUUAAAACCAGACGUAUCGGCUGCAGUACUACAUCCAGUAAUAUUCUUAAUACAAGAGUCCACUCUUGAGGACUACGAAACACUCAUGUUGCCGGCUAUGAGCAAAAUAUUCAAUGGUCCAAAACAUGUUCCUGUACAAGUGAUAUUAUUGGAAAACUUGCAUGUGAUAUUAGAAAAAACGCCAAGGGACGACAUCAGAAAAGAAGUACUUCCUUUAUUGUACACAGCAUUUGACUUUUCAGACAUAGAAGUGCAGAGUGCUGCUGUCUUGGCUGUGACCAACGUUUCUCAAUAUAUGGACGAUACAGCUAUUAGAAGAAUGGUACUGCCCAAACUCAAAAUGGUGUACGAAACCAAUCCCAACGAUUUGAAAAUUGUCUUGAAUAUAUUGGCGUGCCUGGAAAUCAUAUUACACCGGCUUGAGAAACAACAAAUCAUCGAAGAUGUAUUACCACUAAUUUGGAUAGUAAACCAGACAGAUCCCGAAGUGAUAGCAAGAAUAGCAGUUAUAUACAGUAUAAUUUUGCGUGACAAGAAAUACGGCCUAUCAGUAAAUAUGAUAGCAACGAAAAUAAUGCCAACUCUGAUUCCACAUACAAUGAAUCCGGGUUUGAAUUUAGAACAGUUCCAAACCCUUAUUGAAGUUCUACAAGACAUGCUCGAACAGAUUGACAGAAACCAACGGAAUAAACUGAAAUUGGAUACAAUAUCAAUGCAGAGUCCAGACAGACACAGGCCUUUAAGACAUUUAUACAGUUCUGACAACAUGCAUGCACAAAACUUCAACAUACCAAACUUGAAAGUUGAAACACGCAAAACGUCAAGUGCGGAAGAUAUGGUUAGAAAAAAUUCAGCGGGUAGCUGGUGGUUUGGCGGUUCGCCUUCCGGUUCCGACAGCAACUUCUUGCGCGUAGUCAGUUCGUUUCCGAAUCGCCGGCUGUCUGACAACAUGUUGAACACUCCGAAAAUCCGCGUGGCCCCGUCAUGUGCCUCUUCGCCCGGAAGCACACCGGUCGGCACCGGUCUGCCAAUCAGGAGACACUCGAACGUCGAGCGCCGCGGGUCCACCAUCAACCUGUCACCGCCAUCGGGCUAUCAGUACUUCAGACCGAUUAACGGACACGAUGGGUCCACAUUGUCGGUGCCAUCAUCGACUUAUGGUGGUAGCAUGCCAAACACGAGCAGCAGUGUGCCAUACUUGCUCAGCUCCAGUAUGAACAGUAUCCGGUCCAGGAGGCAAAGUACAUGUUCAAAUAAUUCUAGUACUGGUAUUCUGCAGCAACUGGGUUCCGGUGUAGUGAAACAGUUAUCCACGUUGCAAAAUCCGUACCAACUGUUUAGCGGAAACAAGUGAAAAGUCGUACUCGACUGACCAAUAAAGCUGUUAUAUAACUACAUAAUAUUACUUAUUGCUUAAAUUUUACUGAACGGUCCGACGUCCCGUUUAAGUCUUGGUUUUAUGUACAGCUAUUCCGCCAAACACGAAACUGUAAGAGCAAUUAAUAUUUUACAUCCAUCAGCAUCAUAAUACUACAUGCAAUACAGUCAGAAAUCGUCAACAAUUAUUAUUACUACUAUAUUAUUAAUGUCGUAAUUUUUAAGUUUCAUUAUAUACAUAAUUUAUUCUUGUUCGUAUACAGUGUGAUUUGUUUGUUGUUGUUUUUUUCGGUCUCCUCAACGAACCGUAUUAUAGAUUUAUUAUAAUAUAUUAUUAUUAUUAAAUUAUAGAUAAAACUAUACAGUGUGUUCAAGCUAAGGGGUGUCCUAAAUAUUUCAGCUAGGUGUGACCUUGAAUUUAAUUGGAGUUUUCUGCAGAUGAAGGGAGUAUCUAAAUAAGAAUUUUGCGACAAUUUAAAAUUUUUAAAAACUUUGUUGAGCACAUGCGCAAUACAACUCAAUAUUUUCUAAACAGCAACACCAAUUUCUUUUUUUUUUGAUUAUCUUUUUGUGUACGCAAUUUUUCGCAAAGUUUUUAUCUAAUUUCAAAAUUGACAAAAUUAAAGUGUACAUUUUCGAAUAAUUUAAAACUGUUACUACAACAUUUUUACUUGAAUGUUAAUUUAACUUGAACUUUUUAUUUGUAUUUAGAUCUAACAUAACUUUGAGUCAAUUUUGAUUUUAUAGCCGAAGUUUGAUCGAAAUUACUUUUAAAAAAUAUAUUGCUGUCAAAUAUGGUUUCAGAAAUAGAUGGUUCUUUUUUAAAAAUACAGUGUUACUGUGCACGGGAGAGUUAAAAAUGAAAAAUUGGAAAAUGUUUAAAUGUUAUUCCUAUAUAAAUAUAGGUACAUCUCUUUUAGCUCAUCAAAAAAGUGUUGAUUUAAUCCAACGUAAUGCGGCAAAUUUGGCAAUGGGUACGUAUAAUAAUAAAUUAUCACAGCAGUAACUGUUUCGACCAACUACAAGAGAACAACAAUUUUUUUCAUCCUCAUGCCGAAGACUGUCUGAGAGUACUUGCUAACGUUUCUUGUUAUACUUAUAGAAAAUUUAUCAUAUUAUUGACCGUUAAUAAUUGUCAUAAAUUAUUGUUUUUUUAAAUAUUAACAUGACUAGUUAUAUUAUUUAAAGCAAUUAACAAAUUCCCAAUGAAGAAUCAUCCCCCCUCCCCAAAAGGCUGCUAGAGCCCACUGUAUAGUAUAAAAGGUACGAUUAUGUGUAAAGAUUCAUACU